AUCCAUCGACGCCCUUCUUCAACGCCGCGUAGCGCAAAACGGAGUCACCAUGUCAGACGUCAAUGAACUUUUGAUUCAACCCCUACAAAAGUUCUCCAAGGACUCGAUGCACCUCAUCAAAAAGUGCACAAAACCCGACCGAAAAGAGUUCAUGCAAGUGGCCAAGGCCACCACGGUCGGGUUCCUGGUCAUGGGUUUCAUUGGAUUCUUCGUCAAGCUCGUCCACAUCCCAAUCAACAACAUCUUGAUGGCAGGAUAACUUAACUAGGAUAGGACUUGUUCGGGAAUCGCUCGGCGGAAUGGUGAAUGCGAUGCAGCUUCGAGUCUGGGUGCGUGGUGAAAAACGCGUGAACGCCGAAUAUCAUGAUGAACGCCGGUAGCCUCGUGAACUCCCCGACUUAAAAAAGAGUCAGCCAAGCGAAUAGUCUGGUCACGUCAAAGUACUUGGCUUCAAGUACGGGUGAUGUCUGAUAGGAUCGGUGGCUGACCUCGAGAGGGAGGUUAUUCUAUGUAGGAUCGGAUCGAUGCUCCUCAGUAGAUGGGCACCGCAGGGCGCGCAAGACAUUUCGAGCGACGGAGAUACACGCGUUAACGGUACCGUAGGCCAACAAGUACCGUCGUGGUGUACCCGUGAGUUGCUGUAGGUAUGACGUGUGGUUGUUUUGUUGUGAGCGGCUGGUGCACGAUAACGGUGUUGUUUAACACGGGAGAAUGCUCAUCUAGUUCUAUGUGUCUGGACAGAGUGUCCCAACACCAUGAAGGGUCACGCCGUUUUUCCACUCGGUACUUGGGGUGCCCCCACGCAUGUCGCCUGGUUGUGGUUCACCCUCAAUGCUGACACCGCUGUCUGAAUCAGAAUCAGUGUCGAGUUCAAAGUGCCUCUGUCCAGUGCAAACACCCAACAAGGGUGCGUGGGGAUGAAAGCAGACGCUCCCCACUGCGUCAGUCUGAUUUUCGAGCGAACCGACAAGUGAUUGGCUUUCAGUGUCGUAGACGAGGGCCCGUCGCUCUGUAGAACCAGUUGCCAAGUACCGCCCGCUUGGAUCGACGUCAAACCCAAUUCGCUGGUUCGUGUCCACUUGACGUGGGAGGGUGUAAAUUGCCUGCGGGUGGGAUGCACAGCAUGGACAACAUGGCGAGGGAGCGUUGGGUUUCACCGCAUUUUUCCAACACAAGAGCGGGUUAAACCAAAGUACGCUAAAUGCAUUGGAUGGAUAGUCCAGUCAAAUUAUGCCUUCCGUUGUGAUUUAUCCACCGGCAAGGGCAUUUGCUCUUUAGUCUUUGCUGAAAUUCGUAGCAAGAAAGCCCUCAGUGUUUUGCGGCACAAACACACCAUGGUUGAGUUCAACUCUGAAGGUGAACGAGCGUGAGCAGG